AUGGAGACGACUAUUGAAGUGCUUUUGGAGUUCGUUGGUGCUGUGGCGCGUCGCGCUCACGGUGCUGUGCAAAUAUUGGUGGGUGACCGUUUUGUUGGUCGUUGGCGCGAUUGGCGGAGUGGUGACGAGGCCGCUGUGGAGCGCUACCGUCGCUUUGUGAACGGUCCGGCCGUAGAAGAUCGACCGGCGGCGGAACGGAGAUGGAAAGCGUUCGAAGCAAUUUGGGCCACGCCCAUGAUCGUGUUGGAGGCUCGUGGAGAGCACACCGAAGGCCUCGGCAGGCUGCUACACAAGUGGUUGGAAGCGUAUCACGCCUUGUGGUGCGUCUUCUUGCCUGACGUAUUGGAGCUCAGCUGCAAAUCGACGGCCAAGUAUUGGAAAGGGUCCAAGGCCGAGUGCAGACGGACGGUCGACCGUGCGAGCUGUGUGUGUCGAGGGUUCUGGGCGUUCGUGUCGUUGCUGGCUUACGCCCUCUUCUACACGGUCGUGUUCGUGUACGACUUCGUGGAGCGAGUGUGCCAAGGAACGGUGGGCGUCGCAGUGCUCCUGCUGACGCUGAACUACAUAUUGGCUGAUGGAGGUCUAGUCGUCGGCGACGGACUCGUGCCCGACGAGACGCAAGACUUGGAAGAGCUGGAGCAAGCUGAGCGCUUGAGCGAAGCGUUCUGGCGUGCGGACGGCUGCGUAGGCGAUAAGAAACCCGUGAGGACGCUCAGUGGGUUGCGCGCCGAACAGCGAGAGCUGCGUGCCAAAAUGCAAGCCGACAAGCUGCAAGCUGCUCGACGAGGACGUCGAGUUUCAGUCGGGGAGGAUGUCCCGAGUAGGAACGGUCACCACCGUUCCUACUACACGGACGACCGUUCGACCAACGAUCGACUUCUGGAGGAUCAGCUGUGGGACGAUGGGGUGGCGCGCUCGGCUGCGAUGGAAGCAGUGACGCGAGCGAUGGGUGAGCAGUGA